CACAACAGAAUCAUGUCUGAUAUUAGUUACAUGUCACAGUAGUCCACAUUUUGCUAUCAAACAAAGAUUAACAAAAACCCAUAAGUUUCCAAAAGAGAAAAGAUUCAAGAAAAUACAAAGUUCAAAAAAAAAAAAAAAAAAGAGAAGCAAAAUGGAGAAGAUAGAACACAAAAUGGUAGCUGUAAAUGGCUUAAACAUGCAUGUAGCAGAAUUAGGCCAAGGUCCAAUAGUCCUCUUCAUACAUGGCUUCCCUGAACUCUGGUACUCAUGGCGCCACCAAAUGGUCUAUUUAGCUGAACGUGGCUACCGUGCCGUGGCACCAGACUUAAGGGGUUAUGGAGAUACUACAGGUGCACCCCUUAAUGAACCUGCAAAGUUCAGUAUCUUUCACCUUGUGGGUGAUCUUGUAGCACUGCUUGAAGCCAUAGAUCCAAAUGAAGAUAACGUGUUUGUUGUUGCUCAUGACUGGGGUGCCAUAAUUGCUUGGAAUUUAUGCCUUUUUAGGCCAGACAAAGUUAAGGCAUUGGUGAAUUUGAGUGUCCAUUUUUUUCAAAGGAACCCACACAUGAAUUUCGUGGAGGGGUUUAAGGCUUUAUAUGGGGAAGAUCAUUAUAUCCCGAGAUUUCAGGUACCGGGCGAAAUUGAAGCUGAAUUUGCCCCAUAUGGUGCUAAGGCUGUUCUUAAGAAAUUUUUGACAUACCGUGAUCCUGCACCAUUUUAUUUUCCUAAAGGCAGAGGCCUCGACGCUAUCCCUGAUGCUCCUGCUGCCCUUUCAUCCUGGCUGUCUGAGGAAGAGUUGGAUUACUAUGCCAGCAAGUUUGAGAAGACUGGUUUCACUAGUGCAGUCAACUAUUACCGAGCUCUUCCAUUAGACUGGGAACUCACAGCACCCUGGACUGGGGCUCAAGUUAAAGUUCCGACCAAGUUUAUCACUAGUGAAUUCGACUUGGUUUAUCAUAUACCGGGUGCUAAAGAGUACAUACACAAUGGCGGAUUUAAGAAAGAUGUUCCAUUGUUGGAGGAAGUUGUGGUUAUUGAAGGUGCAGCUCACUUUGUCAACCAAGAAAGGCCAGAUGAGAUUAACAAGCACAUCUAUGACUUCAUUCAGAAGUUCUAAACUUACUUUUUUCUCACUACCACAAGUCGAGUCUGACUCUAUGGCAUGGAUGUCUUUGUUCGGAUCGAUGGAGACAAAUGUAUAGAAAGUGUGUUGUGCUUGAUUGUACUUGUUUUGAGUUACUUUGAUAACUCUUCUAAUAAUAACUUUCUAAGUGAUUGUUCUUA